AUGACGUUCAGUAAAAAUACCAUUGUUUUCCUAUUUCUCGUGGUGUGUAUCUGGCUGUGCAAUGGACACGUAGAUCUUGGAGAUGUUGGAUGUGGUCCUUUUGUCGACAACUACCUUCUAGGUAUUACCGAGAAGUCCUUUACUGCGACCUCGGGGCACACUGGGAUACCUUCACUGAAAGGUAUCGCAUGGAAACCGACGGUUAUGAGCGUCGAUCAAUCGCUAACAAUAGAUCUUGGUCAAAAGAUGGAAAUAUCGAAAUUUUCAUUUGGUGGAGAUGGAUACGAGACUGUACCUUCACCUGCUCCCACCAACAUCAUACUGUACUAUAGCGACGACGGCGUGAAUUUCACAUGCUUCAAGAAACCACUUGGGUCCUGUAAGGACUGGCAAAGUGCUACUCCCCCGGAUUCGUUAUCUGGUGCACAUGUCAGUACCUAUGACAUCGUGCCGGCGCUGAGUGCUCGCUAUAUCAAGAUCGAUCCUAUUGAACCUGCACCCACAUUGGCAAACAACGGCUCUGAGUCCGCUCUUCGAGUGGAAUUCUACGGAUGUACACCAGUUGUUCCCGCCAUUGAUAUCAUAUUCGCCAUAAGUGCGACAUCAGCCUCAGCAGAUCAAAUCUUCACCACAAUGAAAAACACAUGCAAAGAAAUCGUUACCUUAUAUGGAAUACGUACAAUACGACACGCGACCAUCGUGUUCGGCACCAAAGUCGUGACAGUCUUUAACCUGACGAACUUCACGACAAAAGCUGAUGCACACACGGCUAUUGAUGGUGCAGUCAGGGAGAAUGGGAUUCCUGAUUUAGUAAAAGCCCUGCAGCAGUCGAAGGCUGUAUUUGAGAACUCUCCUCGUGAAGGAGCGAGGCGAAUCCUAAUCGUGAUGAUGGAUAGGUCAUCUAGUGCAAGCGAAAUAAAAUGCAAGGCCGAGGCAGUGCUAUUGAGACGUGCUGGGGCGAUGGUUGUCGGUGUAGGAGUCGGACUAAUGAUGCCUGUUCCAGACUUGGGCUGGAUCACCCUUAACAGCUAUUACGUAAUGUUGAGGCCGCCUACUGCUAACGCUAAGCACAUGUGUAUUGGAAUCAUGACAAGAGCUCUAAAAGAAUUCGACGUGACUUUUGCUAUCGGAGCCACUACGUUUGAAUUGUUUGAGGCGAUGCGUAUGUCUAUAGGAGCCAUUGUCGAUAAAUAUGGAGUGGAUACCGUCCAUUACAGCAUCGUAGUGUAUGGCCCGGGAGUCAACAACUCAGUCAUUAGGUAUUCAUACACCGAGUUCUUACAGUACAAUGCAACCACCUUCAAGACAUUGGUUUAUAACACCUUCGAGUUGGGCGGAUCUGGCGAUGUGCCUGUUGACGACGCAUUGCGCAAGUGUAAGAUAACUUUUGACGACGCUAAAGUUCGGUCGUGCGCUGAAAAGGACGUUGUUAUUAUGAUGGAUAAAGACACUAACAUCGAUGACAUGACUAGUCGAAACAUUGCUGAUCCGAUGGAGACAUCAGGACUGCGUAUAAUUCCGGUUGGAAUUGGCCCAGGAGUGACGAGGAGACAACUACUGACGAUCGCUACCAACUGGUAUGACGUCAUCUAUGAGGCUGUUCCGAGAAACGCCACCCCAGAAAAACUCCAUGAAAGAACUAUGGACAAAGUGUAUCGAUUGUACGUACAAGAAAUCGACCUUUGCUUUAUGCUCAACGCCGCAUCAAUUCAGGCGGAUACGCUCUAUAAGUACAUGUACAACACGAUGCGCUCCAUCAUCCACCAGUAUUCCUUCGGAAGUCUUCGCUACACCUUCAUCCUCUACGGGGACGUUCCUGCUACUUACUACAGCUUUGACACAAUUUUUCCCAACAAAGAGAUACUCCUUCGGGCAGUCUCGAGGAUAAAAAAGGCCACUGGUGGGUCAGGCAUGGACCAAGCAUUUGAGCAAGCGCGGGCGAUCUACGCCAAUGCAAGCCUGGCUCGCUUAGAGUCGUGGAAGAUCUUGGUGACAAUGAUGGACAAGAGAUCAGGGUUGAGUGAGGCUAAGCUGAAGAGCUUAUCGGCCCCUCUACAGAAUCUGGGAGUGCUAAUUAUUCCUGUUGCUCUCGGGAGGUAUAUCGACGCAUUGGAGUGUUAUUAUAUCUCCGCUUUUAGAGACAACGUCAUGCUGCCAGCGAUUAAUCAGAGCUUCGUAGCCACUGGAGAGAUGAUUAUGAAUCGUGUGGUGCACUUUCCACAGAUUGACAUCGUUUUCGUUCUCAGUGCAAGCUCCAUGAAAUCCUCAACAACCUUUUCCCUCAUGCAGAACUGCAUCCUGAAGAUCGGAAGCAAAUUUGGUGUCUACACCUUCCAUUAUUCAGUCAUUCUCUAUGGCUCUAGUAGUGUCAAGACAUUUGACUUCAAUACCGCUUUCCCUUAUCGCGAAGCGCUUAUCGAAGAAUCCAAUAACCUUGUUAAAGAGAAUGGUUCAUCGGCCAUCACGGAGGCUCUCUCCCUUGCCAGAACAGUUUUGAACGAUGCAAGUGCUCGGUCGAACGUCGGACGGGGAGUCGCCGUGAUUUUCGACAAAGCCACGGGUAAGACGGUUCAGCAGCUCCAGUCGGCGUCAAGACCCUUGCACGAUGAGGGUAUCAUAGUCGGACUAAUGAUGCCUGUUCCAGACUUGGGCUGGAUCACCCUUAACAGCUAUUACGUAAUGUUAAGGCCGCCUACUGCUAACGCUAAGCACAUGUGUAUUGGAAUCAUGACAAGAGCUCUAAAAGAAUUCGACGUGACUUUUGCUAUCGGAGCCACUACGUUUGAAUUGUUUGAGGCGAUGCGUAUGUCUAUAGGAGCCAUUGUCGAUAAAUAUGGAGUGGAUACCGUCCAUUACAGCAUCGUAGUGUAUGGCCCGGGAGUCAACAACUCAGUCAUUAGGUAUUCAUACACCGAGUUCUUACAGUACAAUGCAACCACCUUCAAGACAUUGGUUUAUAACACCUUCGAGUUGGGCGGAUCUGGCGAUGUGCCUGUUGACGACGCAUUGCGCAAGUGUAAGAUAACUUUUGACGACGCUAAAGUUCGGUCGUGCGCUGAAAAGGACGUUGUUAUUAUGAUGGAUAAAGACACUAACAUCGAUGACAUGACUAGUCGAAACAUUGCUGAUCCGAUGGAGACAUCAGGACUGCGUAUAAUUCCGGUUGGAAUUGGCCCAGGAGUGACGAGGAGACAACUACUGACGAUCGCUACCAACUGGUAUGACGUCAUCUAUGAGGCUGUUCCGAGAAACGCCACCCCAGAAAAACUCCAUGAAAGAACUAUGGACAAAGUGUAUCGAUUGUACGUACAAGAAAUCGACCUUUGCUUUAUGCUCAACGCCGCAUCAAUUCAGGCGGAUACGCUCUAUAAGUACAUGUACAACACGAUGCGCUCCAUCAUCCACCAGUAUUCCUUCGGAAGUCUUCGCUACACCUUCAUCCUCUACGGGGACGUUCCUGCUACUUACUACAGCUUUGACACAAUUUUUCCCAACAAAGAGAUACUCCUUCGGGCAGUCUCGAGGAUAAAAAAGGCCACUGGUGGGUCAGGCAUGGACCAAGCAUUUGAGCAAGCGCGGGCGAUCUACGCCAAUGCAAGCCUGGCUCGCUUAGAGUCGUGGAAGAUCUUGGUGACAAUGAUGGACAAGAGAUCAGGGUUGAGUGAGGCUAAGCUGAAGAGCUUAUCGGCCCCUCUACAGAAUCUGGGAGUGCUAAUUAUUCCUGUUGCUCUCGGGAGGUAUAUCGACGCAUUGGAGUGUUAUUAUAUCUCCGCUUUUAGAGACAACGUCAUGCUGCCAGCGAUUAAUCAGAGCUUCGUAGCCACUGGAGAGAUGAUUAUGAAUCGUGUGGUGCACUUUCCACAGAUUGACAUCGUUUUCGUUCUCAGUGCAAGCUCCAUGAAAUCCUCAACAACCUUUUCCCUCAUGCAGAACUGCAUCCUGAAGAUCGGAAGCAAAUUUGGUGUCUACACCUUCCAUUAUUCAGUCAUUCUCUAUGGCUCUAGUAGUGUCAAGACAUUUGACUUCAAUACCGCUUUCCCUUAUCGCGAAGCGCUUAUCGAAGAAUCCAAUAACCUUGUUAAAGAGAAUGGUUCAUCGGCCAUCACGGAGGCUCUCUCCCUUGCCAGAACAGUUUUGAACGAUGCAAGUGCUCGGUCGAACGUCGGACGGGGAGUCGCCGUGAUUUUCGACAAAGCCACGGGUAAGACGGUUCAGCAGCUCCAGUCGGCGUCAAGACCCUUGCACGAUGAGGGUAUCAUAGUGGUCGCGUCCGGCGUGGGCCCCGAAGUCACUAAAGAAGAGGCUCGUGCGAUGACAUCGAGAAGAAACGACGCGACUCAUGUGAACGACACUUAUCAGCCUGGACCUCUUGGGGAUCACAUUGUACGACGUAUAUUAAAAGAUGGCACCGAAGAAAUGGACAUAGUGUUUGCUAUGACACUCUCAUCAACAAGUCCUCACACUAUGCUCAUGAAGACCAUCAUACAGAUGCUAAUACGGCGGUACGGAAUUUACAGAAUCCACUAUGGUUCCAUCGUGUUUGGUCAAACAGCUUCGACCGCAUUCGACUUCGACAGUGCUUACUCGGAUGACAAGUCAUUCCUUGACGCUGUGAAUGGUCUCGCUAAAGUCGAUGACAGCGCAGCAAACGUCACACUAGCCAUUGAAGAAGCAUAUAAGAUUUUCACAACCUCGACUACCCGAAAGAACUCUAGAAAAGUCCUGGUGAUAAUGAUUGACAGGUUGACCGUGGAUGACCAGGAAAAACUAAAAUUAGCCAGGAAGCGUCUCGGAGAUUUGGGUGUCACUAUCAUUACUGUUGCGCUGGGAAGCACGGUUGACUCCAGCAAGAUAUAUGACUAUUGUCCGUACAGAGGAAAUACUAUCUACUCUAAAGAUGGUGGUAUUUCAUGGGACUUGGCCGAGAAGAUCAUUGAAAAGAUCACAAGAAUUCCUGAGCUUGAUUUGACGUUCACCCUUUCUGCAGACAGCGCGACUCCGGAACAGAUCUAUGUUCUUAUGAAGGAAAUCAUAAAAUCGUUUACUACUAAAUUUGGAACAUCUAAAUUUCGAGUUGGUGUCGUCAACGCCGGAUCAUCUCCGACCAGGGUAUUUGACUUUUCAGACUCACUCCCUGACAAGGAAUCCUUUAAAAAUGAAAUCGAAAAGAUUUCCAGGAUUUCAGGUUCUCCAGACAUUCCAAAAGCAUUAGAAGAAGUUUACAAAGUUUUCAACGAGUCUUCUUCAAGACCAACAGCAAAGAAGUGCAAUGUCAUUAUUGUAGAUCGCCCAUUGAAUGUCGCCGAACCUGAUAUACGGAUUGCGCUGAAGCCUUUUGAUGAAAAGAAUAUCAUAACAAUUGCUGUUGGCAUUCAAAAAGCAAAUAAGACGGAACUUGUAGCGUACACCGAGUCGAAGCGCGCAGUUAUUCAGGCAAACGCAACAGACAGCCCAAUGGACACUAUGGACGAAGUCAUGAAGGUCAUUCUAAAUGACGAUCUCAAGCCAUCCUAUGUGACAUUUGCUGUGUCUGCUGCUGGAAUCAAUGCCACUAAGACCUUGAAUUUCAUCAAAGACGUCAUCAAGAAAACAAUUAGCCGUCACGGCGGCACCGACAAUAUGAAAAUCAAUGUCAUCGUGUUCGGAGACAAAGCCUCAGAGGUAAUAAGCUUUGACUCCGACUUAAGCGAAGAAGAACUGUUGAAAGCCGUAGAUUCUAUACUUCUACCAACUGGAGAACCCUCGAUUAAAUCGGCCCUCGAUAAAGUUCGCAAACGAUUUAAAGAAUCCGGUGCGCCUGCUGAUGCUAAAAAGCUGUGUGUUUUGAUGUGGGACAGUACCACGUCUGAUUCUGAAGCGGACCUCAUGCUUGUAUCAGGCGGUCUUAAGAAGGACGAUAUAACACUACUGUCUAUGCCUCUCUCUCCUGAAGCGGCCCUUGACGCUCCCAAGUUAACGGAUCCGUUGCUUACCAAGCCACCGUCUGAUGUCCCGAUGGCGGUUGAAAGUAUUCUGUAUGAUGGGGGAAUAUCAUUACUUGCUAAUCUCUGUGAACCGAACCCUUGUCAACAUGGCGGUGUGUGCACCGAGUCUGGCUGCAUGUGCCCAUCAAGUUACUACGGGACGUACUGUGAGAACAGGAAAGGUUGAUUCUGGAGGCAAGAAUGCUAUCAAAUGACUGUUACAGCUCUACCCUGGAUGGAAGUCACAGUUCGCCUAAUGCGCCGGAUUUUCUGGUGGUCGCAGUUGGCGUCCUUGUUCUCCCAGACGUUCAUACCGAUGACCCAUUGGAGACGCGUCAAGGACACC